AUGGAAACCGGUCCUCAGGUGGUCCACUCGCGCGGCAGCUGCCAUGGCCUCCCAGUAAUCGCCGAUGAACAUCAAGGUCUAAGUGCUAUCGUCGUCGGCGCCAGUGGCAUGUCAGGACAGUCCAUGAUCGACGUCCUGCUUCUGAGCCCCAAGAGAUGGAGUACCAUUUACGCACUCUCGAGACGUCCACCACAAGCGGACGGCGACUCAACCGCGCUUGAGCAUGUUCCUACAGAUUUGCUCAAGGAGCCCAGUGAAAUUGCGAAGACUUUGACUGAGCAUGGAGUGCAGGCAGACGUCGUCUUCUUCUUCGGGUAUGUGCAGUUGAGCGCCGAGGAGAGAAAGUACAGCGCAGCGAACAAGGACAGCGCACAGAAACUAUGCGAUAUCAACGGCCGCCUGCUGCAGAACUUCCUCCAGGCGCUCAACAUGGCCUCGAUCUCACCAAAACGGCUUCUGCUGCAAACAGGUCUCAAAAACUACCAGUGCCACCAAGGACCAGCAAAAGCACCCUUCAACGAAACAGACCCGAGACUCGACAGCGAUGAAUUGGGCCCAAACUUCUACUUUACCCAAGAAGAUAUACUGUUCGACUACUGCAAGAACAACACAGCAACAUCAUACAAUGUCACCAUGCCCUCCUGGAUUCUGGGCGACGUCGCCGCCUCAGACAUGACGACCAUCUAUCCAUUGGCUGUCUUCGCGGCUGUGCAACGUAAGCUCGGACAGCCUUUGGCAUUUCCUGGAGACACGCCGGCGUGGGAAAAGGUUAUGCCUAUGUCUUCUGCUGUGCUCAACUCACACUUUCACCAGUGGCUCGUCUUGGAAGCCGGUACUGCUGGAGAGCGUUUCAAUAUAGUAGAUGACUCGGAGUUUACUUGGAUGAAUGCUUGGCCAGUCAUUGCGAGUUGGUUUGGCAUCGGCUGGAGUCCGCCAGCAGAGGAAGACGAGGACGAAUAUGCUACCGUCGAGAUGCCUGUGAGGCCGAGAGGCUACGGGCCUAAAGGUCGCUGCCGAUCUUCCUUUAGCCUGGCAGAUUGGACGAAGCGAGCAGAGACGCAGUCAGCAUGGCAGGAGCUGCGACAAGAAUAUGGCCUUGCUGCCGACCCAUUCGAAGGCGGCGAUGGCAUGUUCGCCGCUUUGCAGUUCUCGCUGACGAUGUCUUGGUCCUGGGCGACGAAAAUGGACAAGGCGCGGAAGUUUGGCUGGCACGGCCACGUUGAUAGUCUGGAGUCGAUACACCAAGUGAUGAAUAGCCUGGCGAGGCGGAAGAUGAUACCUCCGCUGGAACGGACCUAG